CGUCAGCUCGGGCAGGAAGCGCAUCCUCACCGGUGUCAACCCCAUUUCAUGCUGCUUCUUUCGCACAGCACACACGCACGCACACGGCAUCGGGAACCGAAGACGCACCCUCGGAGGCGGCCAGGUGGCGUUGCGUUCCACGGGAUCCACGCUGCCAUUCCUCCAGACGAUGGUGAGGGUGAUGAUGGGGAUGAUGCUGAUGAUGAUGAUGGUGAUGAUGGUGAUGGUGAGGGAGAAGACGUCGUGCAGGAAUUAGGUUCCUCCAUGAUUCGAUGUACCUUGAUCCCGUUCUAAAGUUCUGACCCCGCGCCGACUGGACCCCUCUUCAUCCGGUACCGACACCUCUGAAAGGAUGUGACUCACGGAUCUCUUGGCUCUCACGGCUGCUAUGGACGUCCUCUGAUACCAGAUCGGUCUGGCUUUCUUUUGGAUGUAGACGAUGGUGUUGUUCCUGAGCGGGGUCUCCAACAGUUCUUCCCAUGACAACCACACAGCAGGUAACACCGGCCAUCAGGGCGGACACGUGCUGCCCUCCACGCUGAUCUUGUCUCUGGUCCUCAUCGUCCUCGUCCUGCUGACCAUCUACUGCCUCAGGUUCAAGAACCACAGGAAGGCUCUGGUGAAGUCGGUGGAUAAAAAGCUUCCCAAUGGCUUCCUGGAGGAGCAAGGAGAGCAGAGAGUGGUCCUCCUGCCCAGGUCGCCCUCGCCCUCCAAGAGGUACUACCCCAUCCCCUUGGACUCGCUGGAGGAGGAGUACCGCCUGCGCUCGGCCGACGACGGCAAGCUCUUCCGCGAGGAGUUCAACUCGCUGCCGUGUUACCACCCCCACGGCACCGUGGAGGAAGCCAGCAAGGAGCACAACAGGGACAAGAACAGAUACCCCAACAUCUUGCCAUACGACCAUUCCAGGGUGCUGCUCGGCAGCCAUGUCGGACGCCCGUGCUCGGACUACAUCAACGCCUCUUACAUCGACGGCUUCAAGCAGAAGAAGAAAUUCAUUGCAGCUCAAGGUCCAAAGCCGGAGACGGUGGCCGACUUCUGGCGGAUGAUCUGGGAGCAGAAGACCGCCACCAUCGUGAUGCUGACCAACCUGAAAGAAAGAAAAGAGGAUAAAUGUUAUCAGUACUGGCCGGAAAAAGGCUGCCGGCUGCACGGCAACAUGCGAGUGACCACGGAGGACGUGACCGUGCUGGUGGACUACACCCUCCGCAAGUUCUGCGUCCAAUACCAAGGCAGCGAUGGACCCCGGGCCCCAUGCCGGGUCACCCAGCUCCACUUCACCAGCUGGCCAGACUUCGGGGUGCCUUUCUCGCCCAUCGGCAUGCUGAAAUUCCUCAAGAAGGUCAAGGCGGUCAACCCGCCGUACGCCGGGCCCAUGGUGGUGCACUGCAGUGCCGGCGUAGGAAGGACCGGCACGUUCAUUGUCAUUGACAGCAUGAUGGACAUGAUGCAGGCGGAGCAGAGGGUGGACGUCUCCGGCUUUGUGAGCAGAAUACGGGAGCAGCGCUGUCAGCUGGUCCAGACCGAUACGCAGUACUCCUUCAUCUACCAGGCCCUGCUGGAGCACUUCCUGUACGGGGACACCGAGCUGGACGUGUGCUCCCUGGAGGGACAUCUGCAGAGGCUCCACAACACCCGGGCUGCCCACGACAGACUGGGCCUGGAGGAGGAGUUCCGGAAGCUGACCAACGUCCGCAUCAUGAAGGAGAACAUGAGGACGGGGAACCUUCCAGCCAACAUGAAGAAGAACCGCGUGCUUCAGAUCAUCCCGUAUGAUUUCAACCGAGUAAUACUGUCAGUGAAACGAGGUCAGGAGUUCACCGACUACAUCAAUGCCUCCUUUAUUGACGGCUACAGACAGAAGGACUACUUCAUGGCCACCCAGGCCCCGCUGCCUCACACGGCGGAGGACUUCUGGAGGAUGGCGUGGGAGUGGAGGUGUCGCUCCAUCGUGAUGCUGACUGAGCUGAAGGAGCGGGAGCAGGACAAGUGCUUCCAGUACUGGCCAUCAGAGGGCAGUGUGACAUUUGGAGACUACAGCGUGGAGCUGAGUGGGGACUCGCAGGGUGAAGCCUUCACAGUCAAAGACCUGGUGCUCACCUGCAGAUCUGAGAAGCGCUCGCAACACGUCCGUCAUUUCCACUUCCACGGAUGGCCUGAGAUCGGAAUACCGUCGGAGGGCAGAGGGAUGAUUGACAUCAUCGCGGCCGUGCAGCGGCAGCAGCAGCAGUCUGGGAACCAUCCUGUCGUCGUUCACUGCAGUGCCGGCGCGGGUCGGACGGGCACCUUCAUCGCCCUCAGUAAUAUCCUGGAGCGGGUGAAGGCCGAAGGCCUCCUGGACGUCUUCCAGACCGUCAAGAGUUUACGCAUGCAGAGGCCGCACAUGGUCCAGACCGUGGAACAGUACGACUUCUGCUACCGAGUGGUGCAGGAUUUUGUGGACAUCUUCUCCGACUACGCCAACUUUAAGUAGCGCUUCCACCUCCGUCAGAUUAUGCAAUUGUUGUUUCGGAAUGUAUGUUUUUUUAUAAGGUUACACUUUUUACAUUUUGCAUAAAAAAAAACAUAUUGUACUAUAAGCAAGCAUUUAGGAUUAAUUUUUAGCGACCGAAUGUCCCUUUGGGACAGACGACCCUAUUGUAUUUCUAAGGUUUUAUUAUUAUUAUUAUACCGCCGCCUCUUUGAACUGUAAUUUGACCCUCUUAACAUGCUUCAAAACUCACCAAAUUUAACACACACAUCAGGACUGGCGAAAACUGCGAUCUAGUAAAAAACCAAACCCCAAAACUCAAAAUUGCGCUCUAGCGCCCUGUAGGAAAAAACACAGACAAAACUCCUUGUAACUUCCAUUAAGAAUGUCGUAGAGACAUUAAACAAAAACCCCUAUGUAGGUCUGACUUAGACCUAGAUUUCCGACACUGACUACCUUCAGCAAAAAUCAACAGGAAGUUGGCAAAAACCCCUUCAAAACAAAAGAUUCCUAAAAAAUGUAAUUUUUGCCUCUUUGAGCUGUAAUUUGACCCAUUUAUCAUGCUUCAAAACUCACCAAAUUUAACACACACAUCAAGACUGGCGAAAACUGCGAUCUAAUAAAAAAUCAAACCCCAAAACUAAAAAUUGCGCUCUAGCACCCCCUAGGAAAAUAUACGGACAAAACUGCUUGUAACUUCCAUUAGGAAUGUCGUAGAGACAUGAAACCAAACCUUUAUGUAGGUCUAACUUAGACCUAGAUUUCAGACACUGACCUCCUUCAGCAAAAAUCAACAGGAAGUUGGCAAAAACCCCUUCAAAACAAAAGUUUCCUAAAAAAUGUAAUUUUUGCCUCUUUGAGCUGUAAUUUGACCCGCUUAAAAUACUUCAAAACUCCCCAAACUGGACACACACAUCAGGACUGGCGAAAAUUGCGAUCUAAUAAAAAAACAAACCCCAAAACUAAAAAUUGCGCUCUAGCGCCCCCUAGGAAAAAACACAGACAAAACUGCUUGUAACUUCUGUUAGGAAUGUCGUAGCGACACGAAACAAAAACCUCUAGCUUUAAUUUUUUUUAGUUUUACUUGAAAAUAUCGACUCGUUUUACCCGUGCAAAACACGACGAACAAAUACAUCUGCAGGUGUUUACACGCUCAGUUCCUAUUACCUUUGUUCGAGCGGCCACAAUGCCUUUUAGUGGCAUCCAGUAAGUAAGAACACGUGUUAAAAGUGGCGAAAUAAGUGACAUUUCCCCAACAAAAGCAUCCCAUUUAAAAUGCAUUUGUAAAUGACUCGACUUCCUCCCCCCGAUGAAUAACUCAGCAGCCGCUGUCGCUUGUCAUUUUAGUCAACUUCAGCAACUUUCCUCUUUCGCCCCCGGCCAUAUUACUUAGUGGUUCAGUGGCUGACACUGCAAAAUGCCAUUAACCCAUAUUGGAAAUAAUGUCUAAUAACUCCCAAGUCAAAACAUGUCAUUCAUACCUCGAAGUGCUCCGUAUCCAAUUACACUUUCAACAUGCUUGCCAUUUCCCCGGCAUGCAUGUUUGAUUAGGAGAACACUUCUAAUCGUGACCUUUGUUUGUCAUCGAGUGACACCCGGGUUUUGGGUUGUUGAACAUUUUUUUGUGUUUGGAAUAGUCUGCCGUUGUUUUGAUGACUUGAUGAAUUCAUGCAGCUAUUAAUGGACAAACAAGGGUUUGAGUAAAUAGGUGCGAGGCCUUUUUGUUUUUGUUUUUAAACAAAUUUUGACAAUAAUAGGACACAGUUUAGAGCAGGGGUUUCAAACACGCAACCUGCAGGCCAAUUGCGGCCCCCACCUUAAUAUGAAAGUCUAAUGUUAGUGUGCCCCGUGAGUUUUAUAUGAAUGGCGAAUAACAGCUCUUUCAACGUUCAGGGUUGCCUACCCCUGCAUUAGUGGAAAAGCGGCAAAUGAGUGGAAGCGACAGAGAUGUUGCCAUGAAGACGAGCUCCAAAAGGGCUCUUUCAACAUUCUGGGUUGCCUACCCUUGCAUUAGUGGAAAAGCGGCAAUCUGGGUUGCCUACCCCUGCAUUAGUGGAAAAGCAGCAAAUGAGUGGAAGCGACAGAGAUGUUGCCAUGAAGACCAGCUCCAAAAUGUCUCUUUCAACGUUCUGGGUUGCCUACCCCUGCAUUAGUGGAAAAGCGGUAAAUGAGUGGAAGCGACAGAGAUGUUGCCAUGAAGACGAGCUCCAAAAUGGCUCUUUCAACGUUCUGGGUUGCCUACCCCUGCAUUAAUGGAAAAGCGGCAAAUGAGUUGAAGCGACAGAGAUGUUGCGAUGAAGACAAGCUCCAAAAUGGCUCUUUCAACGUUCUGGGUUGCCUACCCCUGCAUUAGUAGAAAAGCGGCAAACGAGUGGAAGCGACAGAGAUGUUGCCAUGAAGACAAACUCUAAAAUGGCUCUUUCAAUGUUCUGGGUUGCCUACCCCUGCAUUAGUGGAAAAGCGGCAAAUGAGUGGAAGCGACAGAGAUGUUGCCAUGGAGACGGGGCUUUUCUUACAGUCACACCGCGACACCUGUCUGUCAGUAAUAACAGUCCCCCGAUAAACCUGGACCAAUUCAAAACGUUAUUUGUAGAGAUGUCCGAUAUUAUCGGCUGAUAAAUGCUUUAAAAUGUAAUAUCGGAAAUUAUCGGUAUUAGUUUCAAAAAGUAAAAUGUAUGUCUUUUUAAAACGCCGCUUUAAGGAGUAGUACACGGACGUAGGGAGAAGUAGCAUGUGACACAUGCUAACUGUUCAAAAGUUUAUGUUAGCAUGCUAACAUUUAAGUGCUAACUUUUUGAGCUAAUUUUACAACCGUUUAACCUAGCGUCAUAUAACUUGGUAUGUGACACUUUUUAACUGUUAGCGUGCUAACUUUAAUACGCUAGCAUGCUAACAUUAAAGUGCUAACUUUUUAGCUAACUUAAUGAUUUUUUUUCCCUCUAAUUACACAGCCAUGCAUCUUAGUACAUGACACAUGCUAACCGUUAGUAUGUUUAUGUUAGCAUGCUAACUAAAGCAUGCUAACUUUUUAUCUAAUUUUACACUUUUUUAUCUGUUUCCGCGGCCAUACACCUUACAGCUGUGUUACUUGAAAUGUGAAAUACUAACGUUUUAGGCUAGUUCUGUAGAUUUUUUUUUGUAUAAUUACACCUAAAACUCACGGAUUCUGACACAAAGCACAGCGGCGAUCCCCGGCCAGCGGUCCAGGGCACAGAUAGCAGGACUAUCAAAAUAUUCUAGUUGAUGUUAUUAUUGUAUGAUUUGAAGUGCUUGAGCAUUUGGGACCUUAUAGUUAUAUAUUUAUUGUACGUAUAUCGCGCAAUAGAACCGAUGUUGUAAUAGCGCUAGGGAGCAAAACGCUUAGCAUUACCAGUGCUGAUGAGUUGAUUGUAAACAACAACACUUCUUGUUGGAGUUUCACAACAACAGCGGAGUAGUGGCAUUUUUAAAGUGCAUGCAGAGGUAGACAAAUAACAUUAGGAGGUUGCCUACAGCCACAGCGAGACCACACCGGUCGUUUUUUUGGCAUUUACGAUACGUAGGAAUAGUAACGGCUCGGAGGCCUCGCUGCAAGAAGUGUUUCGUGGAACUUUCUGCCUUGUUUUCCAGUAUCUUGUACAAAAGUUGAUUGCAAUAAAUAAUAGAUGGUUGAGAAAUGGUGGCGGUGGUUUUGUCGGGCUCCGAACAGGUGCACGCCAGCGCAAACACGUCGCGGGAGACACGAGGCCCCUCGGAGCACUCAGGCCGCCUCCAUUAGCGGCGUUUUGCGUCCCAUUAGUGUGUCACACCUGCGGAGAGGGGAUUGUAAUCCUGACGGCGGCACCUAUAAAACCACAACAACAAAAAACCCCGCCCUCAGCUUGAUGCUAACAAGGCUAACACCGAGGUGAGUGGAGUCCAGUUGAUGUCGGCGUUGGUGAUGGUUUUCAUCGGCGCUUUUGUUUCCGCAGCUGGGAUGGAUCGAACGCUAAUGCACGUGUUGUUGUUGGCCUUGCUGCUGCAGGGCGCCCUGGCCCAGCACUGGUCCUAUGGCUGGCUAC